UCGUCGCCACUUCCACGCAAAUACAACGAAGGGCAGCUGAAUUUCAAUUAGCUCAAUACAAGUCAGUUUGAACGGCAGUGAAUCGGAAUCGAGAGACGGAGCCAGGAAAGGAAAGUAAAGGAAAGGAGGGGAGGGGGUUGAAGAGCACGAAAAGAAAGCUGGAAACGGGGGGAUGAGCGCACAGAGGAGGGGAGAGAAAGCGUGAAGUGACAUCACAUUUCCCAGCUCCUCGUUCCUCUCCUCUUUGCUCCACUUCUCGCCGAGGAGGCGCGCGCACAGUUCGCUAUUUUCUUUACGUCGCAAGUAAAGAAAAAAAAAAGGUGGGGGGGGGGGGGCUGGACUGAAGGAACAGGAAAAACUGAAACCAUGAACAACACUUUCCUAAACAUGGCGUCGAUAGGCGACUUCGACCCGCUGAACUCGUCUAUUCCUGCCACCAAAGUUGAAAUCACGGUGUCCUGCAGAAAUCUGCUGGACAUGGACACCUUCUCCAAAUCAGACCCAAUUUGUGUUCUCUACGCUCAAGGCAUGGGCAACAAGGAAUGGAGAGAGUUUGGGAGAACGGAGGUGAUUGACAACACGCUAAACCCAGACUUUGUGAGGAAAUUCAUGCUGGACUACUUCUUUGAAGAGAGACAGAAUCUCAGAUUUGACUUGUACGAUGUUGACUCAAAGAGUGCCAACCUGCAGAAACACGACUUCCUGGGCCAGGCCUACUGCACCCUGGGAGAGGUGGUUGGAUCGCUGGGCAGUCGCUUGGAAAAGCCUCUUGGAGGCAUUCAAGGGAAGAAAUGCGGGACCAUUAUCGUGAAAGCCGAGGAGUUGAACAACUGCAGGGAAUCAGUGAUGAUGCAGUUCUGUGGGACCAAGUUGGACAAAAAGGAUUUCUUUGGCAAGUCGGAUCCGUUCCUGGUUUUCUACAGGAGCAACGAAGACGGCACGUUUACCAUCUGCCACAAGACCGAGGUGGUGAAGAACACGCUGAACCCAGUGUGGCAAGCCUUUAAGAUCCCCGUGAGAGCUCUCUGCAACGGCGAUUACGACAGAACAAUCAAGGUCGAGGUUUACGACUGGGACCGAGACGGCAGCCAUGACUAUAUUGGAGAGUUCAGUACCAGCUACAGAGAGCUCUCUAUAGGACAGAGCCAGUUCAAUAUCUAUGAGGUGAUAAAUCCCAAGAAAAAAGGAAAGAAAAAAAACUACAAAAACUCUGGAACGGUAACGCUGCUGUCCUUCCUCGUGGACGUUGAAGUCACCUUUCUGGACUACAUCAAAGGAGGGACCCAGAUCAACUUCACGGUGGCCAUUGAUUUCACAGCUUCCAACGGAAACCCAGCCCAGCCCACCUCUCUCCACUACAUGAGCCCAUACCAGCUGAACGCCUACGCCAUGGCCCUGAAGGCGGUCGGCGAGAUCAUUCAGGACUACGACAGCGACAAGAUGUUCCCCGCACUGGGCUUUGGAGCCAAGCUGCCGCCGGACGGACGGGUGUCCCAUGAGUUUGCCCUGAACGGUAACCCUCAGAACCCAUACUGCGCAGGCAUUGACGGCGUAAUGGAGGCCUACUACCAGAGUCUGAAGUCCGUUCAGCUCUACGGACCCACCAACUUCUCCCCCGUCAUCAACCACGUCGCCAGAUAUGCUGCUUCUGUGAAGGACGGUUCUCAGUACUUUGUGCUCCUCAUCAUCACCGACGGCGUUAUCUCGGACAUGGCCCAAACGAAGGAGUCAAUUGUCAAUGCUUCAUGUCUCCCAAUGUCAAUUAUUAUUGUGGGAGUCGGUCCAGCAGAAUUUGAUGCCAUGGUCGAGUUGGAUGGCGAUGAAGUCAGAAUCUCAUCCAGGGGAAGAUUUGCAGAGAGAGACAUUGUUCAGUUUGUUCCAUUCAGAGACUACAUCGACAGAAGCGGGAACCACAUUCUAAGCAUGGCCCGGCUCGCGAAAGACGUCCUGGCUGAGAUCCCGGACCAGUUCCUUUCCUACAUGCGGACCCGGGGGAUAAAGCCUUCGCCGGCGCCGCCUCCCUACACGCCGCCGGGGCAGCCCGUCCAAACCCAGAUAUAAGGAGUGGUAGAGAGUCAAAAGUCUUACAGUCAGGUGUUCUCCGAACUUAACGCGCAAAAUACUUCCGUCUCCUUAAAGCCGCUCUCUAUGCUUUGCCGUCAUGGAUGGCCCGGGAGGGGGAAGAGGGUUUUCUCGCGGUCAGGAAGCUGCACGUCAGGCCCAAAAGGUGCUUCAGAAGGAAAACGCAGCAAGAGUCUGUUUACUUCCACUAUCGAGCAUUCCUGUAAUUGUCUGGAUUUUGAUAGGAUGUUUAUUGUUUUUCUUCUAUCGUGUGGGUGUGAGUGCGAGUGAAAACCUAGAAUAGCUCCGGAGAGAGCCGAUAGAUUCAAACUGUGCGGAGAAAAGAGAUGCAAAAACGUGAAGAAGUUAAUGAUCUGGAUUUUAGCUUGGAAAAAAAUGUGAAGAGAAUGUCUGCAGACAAAAAAAAAAGAAGUCACUUAAUCUUCUGUAAAAAAAAAAAAAAAAAAAAAAAAGGAAAUAUGUAUUUUCUCUUUCUCUUUUCUCUCUCUGACUCAUUGUUUACAGUAAAUGCUAGUGAGGAUUUUUACUGUUGAUACUUUUAUAUACAUGCAGUUUCACCAUAAAGGUUGUAAUACUUUCUCUUCUCCUGGCUUUGUCAGGUAGCUGCAGUGCAGGUCCUGGUAGCCCUUCUGUACCGUACCGUGCUGUACCGUACUGGACUGUAUUCUGGUGUUUGUAUUAACCUUUUGCAUGCGUGUAGCCUCAGUCAAGUGCAUGCAGACAGUGACCCUGCACUACCUCUUUUCUCCAUACUUGUGUUUGUGGGACGUAAAUUCCUGUGUCUCACUUAAACUUCUCUUCCUUUGUGCCUCUCACUCUUUUAGUAGCUGUGUUUCCAUCCAACUUAUGUUUCUUUCCCGUGCUUUAUUUAUUUAAUAUUAUAAUUUUUUAUUAAAUUUCUCUAAUUUUCGAAGUUCAAAAGGUUUGUUUUUAUAAUGGAAGGUUUUGUGCAUCACUUUAACCCAGACAACACACACUUUAUUUGUUGAAUACAACUCAAAAAUGUUUGAAUUACAAUCCCAUCGCCAGGCGUUUGAUUAAAUAGUCAAACGAAUCAGUUGCGUUUUGUGCUAACAAAAUGCUAGCCUUCCAUAAUAUUAGAAAUGUACCACAACAUCAUAAUGCUAGCUUUUCUAUUUGAUGCUAGCAUUAAGAUGUUUACAAUGUAUCAUACAGGUAAAAAGAUAUAGGCUGAUGUCAGAUAGCCUCCAACAUUAGCUGAUUGUUUUGAGCUAGCCAAAACAAGUCCGCAGCCAAACUGAACUGGGCUGCUAGCAUGUUGUUGAUUCUUAAGUUGGUCGUAUACACUGAUAUAUAUAUUGGUUACCUCUAGUCCAGUUUUUCAAAAUUAAUAAAGCGCUACAGCCUUGAACAGAUUCCCUUUUACAGCAACUUGCCAACAUCAGCUGACUCUUUUGUGAGCUAGCAUAGCUUCCAUCGCCAAACUAAACAGAACUGCUAGCAUAUUGUAGAUUUUUACUUUUCUCAUAUAGGUAAGCAGAUUUUCUUUUUUUCUUUUUUGAUUUUCCCCAAGUCCAGUUUUUCCAAAAUUAAUCCAAAUUUACGGCACUUGAAACACUUUUGAGCGACUCUAAAUUUUAUGUAGCAUUAUUGACUGUUGAAUGGAAAUGUAGCUACUGUCUUCAUAUUCAAGUCUCUUUUUUUUUUUUUUUUCCCUCCAAACUUCCUUGCUAAUCAUGGCCAAGGGGUUUCAUGUCGUUGUGUCCUCACGCCACUUUCCUCCCGCCAUGUUUUAACACCUCAGCAGCUGCUCUCAAACUAAAUGCUGUUUGAGCAACAAGAGCCCAGUGGUCAAAAAUGCAUCGAAAAUCUAAAUUAUCCCAUUGCCUGCGUUUGGUUUUCGUUUUUCUUUUUGGUACUUUGUGGCGAGCAUGUACGUGCGUUUUGCAGGUUUUUAUUACACCUUAUAGCUUUGAUACAACUUUGUACACAAGUUUUAAUAUUUGUAUUUGUAUGUGCCAUGGUCUGUGCGAGUCGUGAUCCACCGACAACGUCCGUUGAAUUAACACUGAUGUCUUCUAUUUUGGUUGCGAAUGUGGAUUGGAUGCUGUCCGAUUCGUGCUGUCAGCGAUGAAUGAGAAUAAAAGAUUGAAUGAAAUAACAUAAUAGCAGGUAAAUUAUAAAAAGGUUACCGAAGUAAUAUCUUUCCUCACAUGUAUAAAGUACUUAAUAUUACUAAAUGUUUUAUUUAUGAGCUUGAUGAGUAUCAACAUAAUGUUAAAAUGAGAAAUAUAAGAUAAAACUCCGAACAAAAUAUUUUUUUAAUUGGAUAAAUUCAAUCUUUUAGGCUUAAUACAGCUUAAAUACAGAGUACAUUGGGAAAUUACCUAUUCAAAAAGUAAUUCCCAAUCAGACCUGCAACAGUUGCCUCUGAAUCCCAAACUUAUGGCAUUUUCUUUCUCCCUCGUUCUCAUGUGCGGUCACUGUAGCAGUCUGACUGAACCAACUGUGUGUUUGGUAGCUUAGCUACAGCUGCUGUGUUCAAAGCUUAGCUGGACACCUCAUUAGGACAGCAGGUCAAAAUGACCAGCUCAUUACCGCAUCAGAUGCUGUGUAAAACACAAGCACUAAACUGGAAACUGAUCCUGCACUGUGGGGUUUACUACCCGCUGCAUUGAUUGGAUGGGAAAAUGUGUUUCUGAUGUUCGCUCUGCGUAACUUCGACUACUGACUUGCCAUGUAAUACUGUGCCGGGUAGAGUUCAGGUAUUUUAUUUAUUAUAAGUUCAACUCUAGAUUAAAAAGAAAGUGUCAGAGAAAGUUAGCCAGGACUGUAGAGCGGUAAGUGACCUGUUUCCUGACAGCCUGUCGGUGCUUUAUUUCAUUUGGAAAAUUGAAAUAAAGUGAUUCAUGUCCUAGCCAACUAGUACAAGUUUUCACAAAAUGUUUGGGCGUGACGAAAUAUCGACAUUCCGAGAUUCCAUUUCUGUUACCAAGCAAUCUAAAUCAUUUUUUUAUUAUUUCAUUAAAUAAUUAAUUGGCCACUUGGUGGCACUCAUGGACUCUAUGGUACACAACCAUACCAAGAUGGUCAGGCAGCCACUAGUUAACAUCACCACAUGGUGUGUGAUGUUUUAGUUAAUUUUUUUACAAAGCCAUGUGUACAAUCUCCUGUGUAAUUGACUACAUUAAUUAUGUCCUUCCAUAAAUAUUAUGACCAGAAGCCUGACUUUAAAUUUUAAUUUAAAAUUUGAUAUUUUGUAGAUCUGAAUGUUUUACACAUCGACUCGUGAUCAGGACGGAGAUUUUUCUCAGCCCUGAGUUCACAUGUGAAGCAAAUCUCUUCGGCUUUUAGUUCCUUUUGCUUAAUUUCUCAUGCUGUCUUUGUCUUUGGGCCUAUAUAUAUAUAUAUAUAUAUAUAUAUAUAUAUAUAUAUAUAUAUAUAUCGGUGGCACAGCUCAUUAAAUCUGCCUAUUCAUGAAGCCAGAAGUGUGUUUAUGAAAGUGUGCAUAUGCGUGCAUGUAAAUUACUCUGUGUGUGCGAGGCACAUUUAUAGGACUUUUUAUAUAUAUAUAUAUUAUUAUUAUACCAAGUGAAGCGUUAACACAAGUAAGAUUUUUGUUUACUACAGAUAUCCAAAUAAUAUGUUGUAUGCUUGUCAUAUCUUCUUAACGACGUGCACUACUAUGUUUGCAUGUACAGUUUUACAAGGGAUGCACCAGUUCCUUUUGUUGAAGACCGAGUGUUUUGAAAUCUACAGAUUACCUACAUGAAGGAUUAACUGUACAAAAUGGCCUUAAAUCUUUCGCUGACUCUCUUGGAAUUGUGCGAUGCCUUCUUCAGAAAACUGUUUUAUUGAAAACGAUUUGAUCCGUAUCUACUUUGUGUCGGUGUUUCUAUUGCUUUCUUGUGUUUUCUUUGCACAAAGUUCAGUUCUGGGAUUUAAAAAAAAAAAAAAGUCUAUAAAUCUAUAUAUCUUGUACUUUUUCUGAACCCGUGACUGAUCAGAUGAAGCAUGGCGAAGUACUGAUUGUCUGAUAAUACAUAGAUGACUAUUUCUGUAUUGAACUAUGGAUUUUUAAAUAAAUAUUCAUAUUAAACUCGGCUUGCUUUGCCUUUCAGUAAUCUGGAAGUGUUCAGUGAACAUCUUUUGCCGUUUACCUCGUCCUUUUGCAGUCUGUAUUGAAGUAACACGCACACAUCGAUGCGAUGGUGUUGUAAGUUUGAUUUGUUGAGUUUCAGUUUUGCAAAAAAAUUCUCAUCUUUUAAGAAAUGCAUACUUCAUUUUUGCGAUUUGAUACCCCGUCAGGCAAUAACACACAAAUAUGGCGUUAUUAUCUGAUGGGGGUUGAUGAAGUUCUUCGAAGCUCAGCAAGUACUUCCACAGCCGCUGAGAUUCAUUUUCCCAAUCCGAAUUGUUUUUGUCAUGUUUUUAUGACGCCCCCGACUUCUGAGCGGUGGGAAGUCGUUUUGCUGGUUCCAGGAUUUGAAUUUGCUCAUAAAGAUGCCAAACUUUUAAAAAUGUUGUAAAUGAUUUGAUUCAUCGUAGACGAGGCUUACUCCUCCAAAGUUCAGCCAAGUUGGCUGGAUUUCAGAGGACCUGUCGUUUACAGGGGAACCUGAUCUCUGCAUGCAAGAUAAAACGUUUUGCUAAUCGGCCUCGAGAUUUUAGAAUUUGUUAAAGGAGUAAUAAUUUGUAUUUUCCAGCCACAUGGUGCCAUUUUAUAGCACAAACAAGUAACUGUUACCUUCAGUUGUAAUGAAAAUGCUGCCAAAUGUGAUUUAAAAGGAAUGUGACUUUGUAAUUAAAUGCCUUGAAAUUG